AUGUUCGUUUCUUUAUAUUCGUGCGACGUUACAUUCUUCAUGCAUUAUCCUUUCUUUUUUCCACCUGCUAUUCCAGCUUCCUGUAUUUCUCAUGUCCCAUUUCCUAUUACGGUAAGUAUGUUAGUCAAACGUUUCUUUUCCUAA